UAAUUGUUAUUCUUUUCAGUUUUUGAAAGGAUUAAAACAGUGUCGCUUGAAAUACCAAAGUUAGCGACAUAGCAUUCCCACGGUCCAGCGAUCGCUCCGAGUCAUCAGGUACUCCACUUCUCUCGGUCUUCGAUUCCAUCUGAUGAAGGUUGGAUAGCUGAGGAGCUCUAUAUAUAGUUGAUAUCCAUUUUGUAGCCGAGUCUAUGGGAGUCCUGAAAAUAUUGGGUUAUAGCUUAUUUAUACUCUAAUUCACUUCAUCAAAUCCAAUGCCUCCUUCUUUGAACAGCUAUGAAUCUCUAGUCCUGAAAUCCGCAUUAGCGUCGAGAUUCCUUCUUGUUGCACUUGUCGUCCUCUGGCGAUCUCUUCUUGAUCCUUAUGACACCUCCGCUACCUUAAACCCUAAUUGCCUCUCAAGUACCUCACCCUCAUCUUCUGUUGACAACUUAGUGCUUUGGCCGAGCCUCGGCUCAGCGAUCGAGAGCAAUAUCGUGUGGGAUAGCGUGUACUACGUUCGGAUCGCUCAGUGCGGCUACGAGUAUGAGCAGACCUAUGCUUUUUUCCCUCUGCUUCCCUUCCUCAUGUCCGUUUCAUCUCGAACAGUUCUUCUUCCGUUGGUUCCUGUGAUCGGAUACAGAGCAGUCUUGGGACUUUCAGGCUACCUCAUCAGCAACAUUGCCUUUGUGUUUGCUGCAGUUUAUUUCUACAGGCUUUCAGUGAUUAUCUUGAAGGACACAAAGGCAUCUCUUAGGGCUUCUAUCUUGUUCUCCUUCAACCCGGCUUCAAUAUUUUACACAUCCAUUUAUUCUGAAAGUCUGUAUGCUCUUUUCUCAAUUGGAGGGGUAUAUCACUGGUUCUCUGGUGCGCAGAGUAUAGCUGUUCUGUGGCUUGCUGUUUCAGGUUUGGCAAGGUCGAAUGGAAUGAUUAAUGCUGGCUAUAUCUGUUUUCAUACAAUGCUCAGGGCUUAUGAAGCUUUGAUUUACAAAAAGCGCACUUCUCUGGCACUGCAGGUUUUUGCUGUUGGAAUCCUGCACUGUCUCUUUAUAUUUAUUCCAUUUAUCUCUUUCCAAGCUUUUGGAUACUACAACAUGUGCCAUGGACAUCAUUUUGAUGACAUCAGACCUUGGUGUAGAGGGAGAAUACCUACCAUGUACAAUUACAUCCAAGAUCAUUAUUGGGGAGUAGGGUUCUUAAAAUACUUCCAUCUAAAACAGAUGCCAAAUUUUCUGCUGGCAUCUCCCAUCUUGACCUUAACGGUUUGCUCGAUAUUGACCUAUGCUAGAGCAUGGUCUAAGCUCCUCUUUUCACUAGGAUUUCAAGCUGCUCUUGAAGAGAUGUCUGCAGAAUUUCUCCUUCGACCAGUGGCAUAUUCAAGGGAAAAAACUUGCUCUCCAGAUAAUGUGAGCAGUACUGAUACAGAAACUCGCCAUCUUAGGAGGAGGAAACAAAUGAUUGGUAGAGCAAAGCCUUCAACUCAAGCAAAAGAGAACAAAUCGCUUGACGAGUUAUCAUACUUGUCUGCCUCCAUAUUCCCAUUCAUAGUACACUUGGGGUUCAUGGGAGCAACAGCAUUGUUUGUCAUGCAUGUGCAGGUUGCCACUCGUUUUCUGUCUGCCAGUGCUCCGCUCUAUUGGUUUGCUGCAUAUUUGAUUAUUUCUCCUAGUUCACGGAGAUGGGGAUAUUUGAUUUGGGCCUAUUGUGCAGCGUAUAUCCUUCUUGGCAGUUUACUCUUCUCUAACUUUUACCCGUUCACAUGAUGACCUCUGCCACCUUUUCUCACCACAGCCAAUGCCUUGCUAUAUGCCGGAGCCAAUUGAUUUUUUUCCUCAGCUUCUAUUAUUGAUGGAGCUGAGCCUUUCGGUUCUUACUUUGAUCUUUCAUGACUGUGCCCGUGAAUUUGCUGGGGGGCCAUCCAAUUGCCUCUGCAGCUCCAGCUGUAUGCUCUUACCGUUUAAAGUACAUGAUUUUAAUCAAGUCAGUGCAAUGAUGUAAGAGAUGAGGUUAGAUUAUCUGUGAUGCUUGAAGGGCAACUUUCGUCUGGAGUCAAUAUUUAUUUGCUUGUACCAUUAAGAACCUUCUUGUCCUAUUGUGCAAUGCCCGGUAGAAGGAUCCUCUUCUUUUCUUUCUUGA